UAAACCCUGGGUCAAGGUUAGGUGAGGGCAGGGACGGACACUAGCAGCGUGGAGCCUUGGGCAGAGAUGGGAUGGGGAGAGAAGUGGGUUGGGGUGGUGUAGGCGCUCCUUCUGUGGCCUGUGUGGCAAGACCGAGGACAUGAGAAAUUCUAAACCGAAACCUGAUGCCCCAGAUCUUUAUGCCUUUUUAUAAAGGAAGGCAAAGAACAUUUUAUUUUAUCAGUUUCUUGAACUAAUUUCAAACUUCAAAAAUCAGACACGGUGUGUGCCUCCAUCCGUGCUUUUCACUGGCUCUCAAAUGUUAGGGACAGGCCUGACAACCUGUGUUUCAGGAGGCGCAUCCCAUCGGGGCCAGACUGUAGGGAGGCUGCUGAGAAGGCUGCAACUUCGUGGCCUGCGGCCGGUCCCGCAAGAGAUGGCCCCAGGGGCGCCCGCACUGCUGCUGCUGUCGCUGCUGUCACUGCCAGGUCUCCCGCCUCGCGCUACCGGAUGCCCUGCGGCCUGCCGCUGCUACAGCGCCACGGUGGAGUGCGGCGCCCUGCGGCUGCGCCUGGUCCCGCCCGGAAUCCCGCCCGGGACGCAGACGCUGUUCCUGCAGGACAACAGCAUCGCGCGCCUGGAGCCGGGCACCCUGGCGCCCCUCGCCUCCCUGCGUCGUCUCUACCUGCACAACAACAGCCUGCGCGCCCUGGCGCCAGGCGCCUUCCGUGCGCAGUCGCGCCUGCUGGAGCUGGCGCUCACCGGCAACCGGCUGCGCGGCUUGCGCGUUGGCGCUUUCGCGGGCCUGGCCCAACUGCGCGUGCUCUACCUAGCUGGCAACCAGCUGGUACAGCUGCUGGAUUUCACCUUCCUACACUUGCAGCGACUGCAGGAGCUGCACCUGCAGGAAAACAGCAUCGAGCUGCUGGAGGACCAGGCCCUGGCCGGGCUCUCCUCGCUGGCACUGCUGGACCUCAGCAGGAACCAGCUGGGCACCAUCAGCCAGGAGGCCCUACAGCCCCUGGCCAGCCUACAGGUCCUGCGCCUCACAGAGAACCCAUGGCGCUGUGACUGUGCCUUGCACUGGCUGGGAACCUGGAUCAAGGAAGGGGGCCAGCGACUGCUCAGCUCCAGGGACAAGAAAAUCACGUGUGCAGAGCCCCCCCGCCUGGCACUUCAGAGUCUCCUGGAAGUAUCUGGCAGUAGCCUCAUCUGCAUCCCACCCUCUGUGCACGUGGAGCCGCUGGAGGUGACAGCCAACCUGGGUGAGGACCUGCGGGUUGCCUGCCAGGCUUCCGGCUACCCGCAGCCCCUGGUGACCUGGAGAAAGGUGGCGCAGCCUCGCGAGGGGCCGCCGCAGGCCCAGGCCCAACCUGAAGGCGGGGUGCCGGGCCCAAGUGGGCCCGGGGCAUCCGACACGGGCAGCGGCAUGCUCUUCCUCACCAACAUCACCCUGGCCCACGCCGGCAAGUACGAGUGCGAGGCCUCCAACGCCGGCGGCGCCGCCCGCUUGCCCUUCCAGCUUCUGGUCAACCUGUCCCAGCAGCUGCUGCUGGCGCCUGCGCCGCCCCGGGCCGGCGGCCCAGUCAGCCACGAGCCCCUGCCCGAGGCGGGCGGCAUGGCCUUUCGCGCCCUGGGCCUGGCCACGCAGACGGCCAUCGCGACGGCCAUCGCGCUCCUGGCGCUCACGGCGCUGCUGCUGGCGACCAUGAUCUGCCGCAGGCGGCGCAGGCGCAAAAAGGCACCAGGGCCUCCCGGGGAGGGCGCGCUCUUCGUCAACGACUAUUCGGACGGGCCCUGCACCUUCGCGCAGCUCGAGGAGCUCCGCGACGAGCGGGGCCACGAGAUGUUCGUCAUCGACCGCUCCAAACCGCUCUUCGCCGAGGGCCCGGCGGAAGCGGCCGAGGGCGCAGCGCCCGGAAUCGCGCAGGGCCUCCCGCUGCAGCCGCCUGCCGCCUACGAGAUCCGUUGCUGAGGGGGGCGGGGCGGACGCGCGCUGAUGACGCGGGCCCCGCGGAUUGGCCGGCCCGGCUCGCCCCGCGCAUGCUCCAGCGUAAUCAGUAAAGGGUGGAAGCUG